AUGAACAAGGAAUACGUAGAGCAGCGAAAUAGUGUCGAUCUUGAAGACGGCACUUCAUCCAAAUCAACCGAGUUUGUGCAAGAGUCACCAGACGAAAAAGACCCAUUUGAAGUCAGGUUUGAUGGCACAGGCGAUGACAAAGAGGAUGCCUCGGGACUUCCGCGGUGGCACAAAUGGGCCAUCGUGGGUAUCAUCUCGUUUGGCUCAUUGUGUGUCACCUGUAUUUCAUCUUCGUGGUCUCUAUGUUCUCCCAUGAUCAUGGAACACUAUGGAAUCAGCCACGAAGUGUCCAUUUUGGGUAUUUCCUUCUAUAUCUGGGGGUUGGGAACAGGUGGAAUCUUCUUGUCGCCAAUUAGCGAAUUCCACGGCAGGAAGCUCGUGUAUAUCAUCGGUAUAUCAUUGACUGUAGCUUUCAUGUUUCUUUCUACUUUCUCAGAGAAUAUCGGUGCUGUGAUGUUCGGCCGGUUCAUGAGUGGUUUUGCGGGUCUGAGCUUCAUGAGUGUAGCGUCUGGAUCCUUUUCGGACUUGUUCAAAGCCCGUAAGACAGAAGAAGGGAAGGAUUCUAACAAGGAAUUGGCGUUGUCGCUUGUGCUAUACUCAGUGUCUCCCUUUGUAGGGCCCGGAAUCGGGCCGCUAUUAGCAGGCUUCAUUAACUCACACAUGGACUACAGAUGGACAUUCUACGUAUUAAUAAUGUGGGCAGGAACGCUUUUGAUUCUAGUGGUACUCUUGGUACCUGAAACUUACGAACCAGUACUUUUAAAGAAGAAGGCUAGAAGAUUGCGAAAAGAAACUGGAGACGAUCGCUACUAUGCUCCCUUAGAAAGAGUCAAAGUCACUUUGUACGAGAGUGUGAUUGUUUCGUCCAAAAGGCCCAUUCUCUUACUUUUCAGAGACGAUAUGACAUUUGCCUUGUGUUUCUACACGGGGUUUACCUUGGCAGUGGUAUACCUUUUCUUUGUCUCAUUUCCAUACAUCUUCACCAAGGUAUAUCAUUUCUCGUUGGCAGCCCAGGGCAUGUCUUUUCUUGGACUUAUUGCAGGGAUGUUAAUCACAUCCUUGAUAUCACCGUAUUUUAUAAAUAAGAUCUACAUGCGCUUACUAGCCAAAAACAACAACGUCUCUAAGCCCGAGUUCAGAUUUAUCCCGCUUAUGGCUGGGGUAUUUAUCGUGCCUAUAGGAUUAUUUAUUAUUGCAUGGACUUCAUAUCCCCACAUCCACUGGAUUGCACCUAUUUUUGGCUCUGCCAUUUACGGAGCCGGCACCAUUCUUGUGUUCAACGGCAUUUUUGGGUAUACGGUAGAGGCUUACCGUUUGUAUGCUGCUUCUGCAAUGGCUACAAACUCUUUUAUACGAUCCUUAAUGUCAGGUGUGUUCCCACUUUUUGGAAGACAGAUGUACGAGGCCAUGGGUAUCCAAUGGGCUACAACACUUCUUGCCCUCUUUGCAUGUUUAUUGAUACCCAUUCCAUUCGUUUUCUUCAGAUACGGCGAGUACCUCCGUAGCAGAAGUCCCUAUGCUUGGUCUCAAUAA